UCAAGUUACGAUGAGACCUCCGAUGAUGGGAUUCAGAAAGUCAGGGGAAACGAUCCAAUCUUCAGCGGUCGCGUUUUUCACGCGUUUACUUCGUCCGAGGACAAUCGUUUCGUUAUUCCUCGUCGUCUGCCUUGGCUAUUUACUUGUAGUCAGCAGCAAUCGUCACGUGAUAGACAAUAAUCAAUUAGGCCUGACGGAGAGCAACACAUUCCAAUCUGAAACUGAGGAUGGUAAUUCAGGAUCAGAACCGAAGAGGAUCUUGUACUGGACGGGCUAUUACGAUAGGCCGGACAUGAUUUUUGGCUUUGGCCAGCAACCGUUUAUCAAGGCCGGUUGUAAGGUAACCAAUUGCGUGGCCACAGCCGACCGCAAUCUAUUGGAUCAGAGCGACGCCAUCAUUUUUCACGCCGGUCAGUUCAAUUCGAGCGAUUUGCCGAGCAAAAGACUUGGACAUCAGCGAUACAUUUUCUAUUUAUUCGAAACGUUGCCGUCGGCUCGUGACAGCGCCAUUUAUUUUUCUAACGUUGUGGACAAUUUCUUCAACUGGACUAUGACACAUAGACGAGACUCUGACAUUUAUUGCGCAGAACCUUACGGCAAAAUUAGACGCAAAGCUUCGUCCCCCUGGAUCGAACAAUUACCACCCACUUUAGCACCUGGAGAACGGCCGAUAGCGCCAGCCAAAUUGAUGGAAACAGUUCGAAAUCAUCCGCGAUUAGCUAAGAAAGAUAAACUAUUAGCCUGGUUCUGUUCAAAUCAGAGGACUCACGGUCGCAGGGAAGAUUACAUCCGACAGCUAGGCCAGUACAUGCCCGUCGACAUCUACGGCAACUGCGGGAAUCUGACGUGUCUACCAAAGAACAGCGACAGGUGCAAUAAUUUAUUAGACGAAUACAAAUUCUAUCUGUCGGCAGAAAAUUCGCUUUGCGCCGACUACGUCAGUGAGAAGUUCUACCGUGCUUUACAGACGGAUAUUAUUCCGGUGGUUUACGGAGGGGCGGACUAUGCAGCAUACGCUCCGCCUCAUUCCUACAUCCAUGUAGCCGAUUUUGCAUCGCCCAAGGAAUUGGCAGAGUACUUGUUGUUGUUGGACAAGAACGAGGCUCUUUACUUGAAAUAUUUCGAAUGGAAAAAGGACUAUGACGUGCUGAGGGGUCCGCUCGAUGGUUGGUGCGAUUUGUGCGAGAAAUUAAACAAUCCGCAAGAGCCGAUUAAAAGCUACGAGAGUAUGGCCAAAUGGUGGUACGAUGAUGUGCCUUGUUAUCCGGGCGAAACGUUUAUCCAAACAGUCCUCAAUCAUGAUUCGUAGACUAGCGAAUAUCAGUAUUUAAUAAUUUUG